CUCACCAGUGCAAUCCUGCCCUACAAAUCUUUGGGCCUUUCAUUGCAGCACUUCAAAGAAUCCUUCAUUAGAGAAUGAGCGUGGCAAAUAAUCUGGAAAUGAAAAGGUAGCACUGCAGGAAAUCAAAACACAGCCCAUACGCUGAGAAGGGAUGGCAUGCAUUCCAGCUUAGCUUGUCAGAAAAUUAUUACCUGUAUCAAGGGUGUCUCUGGGCCUGCAGCAAUGAAGGACCAGCAUAAAAGGCAGCCCAGAUCCCAGCUCUCCCAUCCUCCACUCUUGUCUCCUUCUCAUUGGAAACCAGGUAAGUAUGAAGCACUCUCUCUAAUUCUUAGCGAGAUUUUGCCUGAACAGAAAUCUUAUCAGACAGUGGAUCUCCAUGCUACGGGAGACCAUGGAGGGGUUAAUGUUUGUGCAGAUAGUGCUUGGGACACGGCUUAUGUGGCUCUAGAUUUAUACAGUCUGUGAGAGUCUCCCUGGUCCAUUCUGCUCUUUGUAGGGCCCUGGCACAACGAAGGGCUGUGGCCUCCUGUCACAGCCUCCUUCUCCAUCCCUAGUAGUUGCCUUGGCUCCUUGACUCAGGCUACCCUUCACAUAUCCUUGUUCUCUUCUUCAUUCUAUCUGUCUUUCCCAGGUGUACUUCCAGUCCCAAGACAUGUCCUGCUACUCCCAGUGUGUGCCAUGCCGGCCCUGUGGCCCGACUCCUCUGGCCAGCAGCUGCAAUGAGCCCUGUGUCAGGCAGUGCCAGAACUCCACCAUCGCCAUCGAGCCCUCUCCCGUGGUGGUGACCCUGCCCGGACCCAUCCUCAGCUCCUUCCCGCAGAACACCGUUGUGGGCUCCUCCACCUCCGCUGCUGUUGGCAGCAUCCUCAGUUCUGAGGGCGUGCCCAUCACCUCGGGGGGCUUUGACUUGUCCGGCUUGGGCAGCCGCUACUGUGGCAGAAGGUGCCCGCCCUGCUGAAGCCGCUGGCCGUGGUCCGGGAGAAAUUCGUCCGGAAAACAUGAACGUGGUGCUGGAUCAAGAAGACAUCUUCAAGCCCCUGCUUUCAGAUUACCUGACCAUCCUCAGCUACUCUACGAAAUGCUGGCAGGAAGGGGCAAUCCUGGCUU